AUUCGCUUCGUUCAUUCAGAAGUUCACUUGACUUCGAUUUUCACUUGAAAUUGAAACAGUAGAGUAACAUCUCUUGUAUUUUGUUUUCAUUAGCUUAAACGUCUUAUAUUACCAAUAUUUGACAUAUUUGUUACUUAAAAAGUGUGUUAUUAAUUGUGUAAAGGAUAUGCCUCCAGUAAAAGAUGAGUCGAUAAGAGAAACUAAUUGUUUAGAAAUAAUAAACAUUGUUGAGAAGAGCCCUGGCAAGAGUACUCUUGUGGAUGUAAGAGCGUGCAAUAAACCUGCCGCAAAGUGUUAAGGUACAGUGCAUCAUGUUGUGGGCAGCUGAUUUUUAUGUUAUUUGUGUAUACGAUUAUUGUAUGUAAAAUGCACAGAACUGUAUAGUUGUGGAGUGUGCCUCUAUGUAGUGCAUGUGUUGAUAUUGCACCAGUAGCGCGGAGACAUCAUGACUAAUUCACAGGUAUGGUUCCGUGGUGUGAGAAGCUCCAAAUUCCGCCAUGUUUACGGCGUACCUUUCAAACGGGAGCGUUGCUAUGACAACAUCAAAAUAACUAGGAAUGCGCACGAUUCUAAUUUCUGCGCUGUCAAUCCUAAGUUCGUUGCCAUAGUGACGGAGGUGGCUGGCGGUGGAGCCUUCCUUGUUCUGCCUUUGGAUCAUACUGGCAGGUUGGACUUCAACGCGAGCCGUGUAACUGGCCACAAAGGCCCCGUGCUCGACAUAAAAUGGAAUCCUUUCAACGAUAACAUCAUAGCGUCGUGUUCCGACGACUGCACGGUAAAACUAUGGCACAUUCCGGACGGUGGUCUCUCUAUGCACCUGACGGACUGGCUGGUGGAGCUGCACGGCCACAAGAGACGCGUCGCCUACAUCGAAUGGCAUCCUACAGCUGAAAACAUAUUGCUUAGUGCUGGCUUCGAUUACUUGAUCUUCGUAUGGGACGUCGGUAAAGGUGAAGUGGUGAAGGUGAUAGAUUGCCACACGGACGUGAUCUACUGCAUGUCGUUCAACCGGGACGGUUCAUUGCUCGCUACCACCAGCAAGGACAAGAAACUGCGCGUCAUCGAGCCUAGAAGAGGCAUUGUUUUGUCGGAAGGCCUCUGCCAUACAGGCACGAAAGCCUCAAAAUGCACGUUCCUUGGCAGUCAGGGGAAAGUGUUGACGACUGGUUUCUCCCGCUACAGCGACCGUCAGUACGCUGUAUGGGACCAACAUGAUUUGGACAAACCCCUCGUGUGCGAGACCAUUGAUAGCUCUUCAGGCGUUGUGUUCCCCUACUAUGAUUAUGAUACUAAUAUGGUGUACCUGGCUGGUAAGGGCGACGGGAACAUAAGAUACUAUGAAGUUGUCGACGAAGCUCCCUACGUGCAUUUUCUCAAUCAAUUCCUCUCUGGAAAUCCACAACGUGGACUAGGCUUCAUGCCGAAGCGUGGCGUGAAUACGGCGGCGUGCGAAGUAUUCCGUUUCUACAAGCUGCAUACUUCACGCGGCCUUUGUGAGCCUAUCUCGAUGAUUGUACCUCGUAAAUCUGACUGCUUCCAGGAGGACUUGUACCCGGAUACUGCAGCACCACAGCCCGCGCUGUCAGCUAAAGACUGGCUCAGCGGUAUGAACUCGCCGCCUUUGCUCAUCAGUAUGAAGACAGGAGUGACUAUCUCAACGCACAAGCCGCGCACCAGCAACAAGGACGCGCCGGCGAUGCAGCCCCAGGAUGCCAACAACAGAAAGAAGUUUGCCUUCCUCUCGCGGGAGACCACGCCCGACUACCGCCCACUCGGCACCUGGCAACCCAACGACCAUAACAAUGACUCCGAACAUCUAGAUGUGCAAGUGAAUGAAAAAUCACAAAAAACGAACGCCAAUCAGAACACAAAGUUCCACCAACUGCAGCGCAUGUUUGGCAAGCAGACUGGAGACGCUGAGCCCGUCCCACUCUACAAGCAGAUCAACCAGGGAGACGUGUUCAGCACUGAACAUGAGUUACGCCUCGCAUUUAACCGACAAGGCGAAGAGUUGAGGAUCGUGAAGAGACAGCUACAGAACAGUCAGCAGCGAGUUCGGGAACUCGAGCAGUUGGUCGCCGCACUACAGGCCAGGCUGCAGCGCGACGGCUCGUAAGCCUGUCUCGGUCGCCUCUACAUGUCCUUGUCUUAUCGAGCGAACAUGCUUCAGCUCUGCGUCGGAAAUAGAUGAGUAAUGGAAACAGGACCUCGCGCACUAGCAAAGCUCUGAGACCACUGGUAGCGCCCUCGCGUUGUAAACUUGAUAAUGUUGAAACAAUCAAGUCUUUAAGCCUUCUAUUAUAUUUUGUGCCACACUAAAUAUAACCUUGUUCACAACAGCUACUAGUGGCCGCCAUCUUAGCUCACGUAACGCGAGGCACUUGGAAAUGUUCGUUACAAAUGCUUGUAAAAACGUCGAUCAAGCUUUAAGCACUUGAUCUGUUCUUAGCCUUGUAUUCUAUAUUAUUUAAGGUUUAGUUGUCAUUCCCUAGUCUAAACCACGUCUUAAUGUUGUCACAAAUUAAUACUAGUAUGAUAGAGUAUGUUUAAGGAACGCGUUGAUGCGCACGUGAUGUAAGGAUCAAAUAUUUAAGAGUGGAAAGGAAGAUUUACUUCAUAGUUGACGGUAUUGAAUACUAUGUCUCCAGUGACCUUAUUCUUUAAUACCAACCAGUUAUUGCAGCAAUGCCGAAUAGCGGCAGAUUUUUAACAAAAGAUUUUGGGCUCACACACAGUGCCUAUUUUAAUAUUAAUUUUAUUUAUAUACAACAUUUUUAGUUAUUCUUUACAUUCUGUGUUGUUUUUAUUAUUAUGUUCGCUCAAAUUAUGAGAUCAUGACAUCUGCGGGGCAGUUUUAUAUUAUAAUGGGAUCAAAAUGAAUCAUUCCAAAAACUAUGUUUUCGCUUAAUUGGCAGCUAAGCUUAUUGUGAUUGUCGUUUAUUUGAAAUGGAUUUAGGCUUCUAAUUUUAAGGCCUAUGAAUUUUCUAACGAACAAAAUUUGUUAAUUGCUUUAUUUAAAAAUGAAAUGUGAUAAGACCAUGACAUUCUACUAAAUGUACAUGUCACAAACUAUUGUUUAUUAUUAUUACUUUGUGUAUGUGAUUUAACUGUUUUCUAUACAAUUUUGUAUAUGGAUUAUAAAUCAGGGUUAUGAUUUCAAUAUAUUUUAAAUGACAUGGAAUAUUGCCUAAUUUAAGUUGACAUUAUAAGAUCUAAAGAACGAAUGUCUGUAUGAUAAAAUCUUGUUACUAAUUAAUAUUAGGCUGCUGAUCUCGUGAAAGGCACUUUUUACUAAGCACUUCAUGUUAUUCCCAUUUUUAUAGUUAAAGCUUUGUAUGCACUGGGCAAAAUUGAUGCGUAAUACGCACAACAUGUUCGCUAGCGAUGCACAACUUUGAGCGCCGUCGCCAGCUGGGAAGCAAAAUGACGUGCGUUUUGUUGCUUGUUUCCUCUAGUUCCUUUGGCCAAAUGUUAUCGAUUACUCUUGCGACAAAAAUCGUGUGUAUACACAUAUGUACAACAUCGCUGACUUAUAACCCGUGUCGCAACAUGUCGCCCUCAAAAAGUUGCCCAGUGGAUACGAGGCUUAGUUGACAUCUUGUUUGUUAGUGAUUAUGUUUUAUAGUCUGAUUUAUGUAAUAGCGUUACCUGUUAUUUUAUAAUUGUGUUUUGUAUUUCCUAUGUAUUUUGACAGCAUUGUUUUACAUUAAUUUACGACGAUCAAGCAUUUACUUUCAUUACUUAUUAACGCUUGGUAUGUAUCUAUGAAUGGUAUUCCUACAUUGAGAAUGAAAUUGUACAAAAAAGUUACCUGAACUUUUUCUGUACAUAAUUUUAGUUAGAUUAGGGUUCUGAACUAGCAUCGUAACGGUUUUACAUUAAAUAUAGGUGCUGGAUCUUCUCAAGACUUUCAAGCCGUUUUGAUUUGAGUGAAAAUGAAUAUGAAUUAGCUUGAAAAAUAUAUUUGUAUGUGGUACUUUGUGGCUUUAAUGAUUGUGUGCAUUAUUUUUGUAUCAAUCGCAAUAAUAUGCCAUGAAACGCCUAUAUAAAACAUAAAGUUCCGUAAAACUUAAGUAAAUCUGAAUGAUAACAUUCCAUUUUUCAGUAUAAAACGCAUAAUAUUAGUGUGGUAAGUGAAAAUGAAAGUAUUAUUAUGCAUUAGCUGGAUUAUUUACUUGGCUAAGUCGGUGUUAAUAUUUAUUAUGUAUUUUUAUAUCAUGCUUAUGUAGCACAAAUUUUCAAUAAAUGUUUGGAU